GGCGUCCGCUCCCUGCCCGGCUACGUCGGGCCUUCCUCUGCCAAGGGGGCUCUUCCCCGGUCCCCCUCUGCCAAAGGGCCUCUUCCCCGGCCCCGGCCCCGGCCCCGUCCCUCCUCUGCCAAGGGGCCUCUUCCCCAGCCUUGGCCUCCUCUUGUUCGGGCCGGCCCCGCUUCCCAACCUCACCACUGCCAGGGUGUCCGCUCCCUGCCCGGCUACGUCGAGCCUUCCUCUGCCAAGGGGCCUCUUCCCUGGCCCGGCCCCAGGGCCCUGCAGGCGCUGCAGAGCUCGGGAGUGACUUUUCGCAAGAUGCUACCUCACUUCCCCGAGGAGCUGAGCCUGGCUUUCGCCUAUGGCUCCGGGGUGUACCGCCAGGCGGGGCUCAAUUCAAACCAGAAGAAUGCCAUUCUGGACAUUAUGUUUACAGUAGAGGACCCCGUUAUGUGGCAUUCAAAGAACCUGAAGAAAAACUGGAGCCACUACGCUUUCCUGAAAAGUCUGGGGCCCAGGAUCAUCACAUCCAUCCAGAAUAACUAUGGUGCUGGAGUUUACUACAACCCGCUGAUCACGUGUGAUGAUCGGCUUAUCAAAUAUGGGGUGAUUAGCACUAGUGUCCUGAUUGAAGAUCUCCUCAACUGGAAUACUUCAUAUGUCGCUGGUCAACUUCAAAAGCCCAUGUUUUUUUGUUGUUGUUGUUUUUUUUUUUAUUCUCACAUAGAUAAAAGCCCAGAAGGACAGUUCUCUCAGCUAAUGACACCGCCCAAAACCCUACAGCAACAUCUGAAUCAUAUCAUGGAUCCUCCUGGGAAAAAACAAGAUGUGGAAGAGACUUUGUUACAACUCGUUCACGAUCCCGACUGCGGGGACGUGAUACGGCUAGGGCUUUCAGCCAUCAUGAGACCUUCUAGUAUAAGACAGAGCACCAAGGGCAUCUUUACAGCUGGCAUGAAGUCAGUGAUUUAUAGUUCACUAAAACUGCACAAAGUGUGGAAAGGAUGGCUGAGGAAAUCACCCUGACUUUGCUUGCUUUUAUGUCAUGUACAGUAUAUAAGCAAGCACAAAGACCAGUUUAAAAAUACAUCAGAAUCACCUGUGGAGGUUUAUAAGCAUAUUACCCUCCAGACCUGGGAGUGGAUAUUCUCUUGGUUCCACCCUGACUGCUGACAAAUGAGAAGGUGGGAAGGGCAAUCGAUUUCUUGGUCUUCACAAACAAGAGUGUCACACUCUCCCAUUUCUCUGGCAAUUUUUCACGACAGCAACAUUUUCAACGAGGUGCUGGUCCUGCAUUCCAGGGUGACCCAUGCAUAUAGUACUGCAAGAGCCACUUUUUGAGAUGUUUAAGAUGGUUCUACCAAUAGAAUUAUUGAUCUCUUUUGAUAAGUUUUUGGCCAGAGGGUUCACACUUAAUGGAACUUUCUUUCUUUGAUAGAAGUGCCUCCCAAGGUGCGAUGAUAAGAGCCGCCUGAUCCUCUCCUCUGUGAGGAAGAAAUCAAAACUAUUCAGGUGGCAAAGCUUGGCUUCAUAGGCUUUAUACUCCUUUUUCAAAGUCUGGAAAGGAAUAAUCUGAGAAAUGAUUUUAACUCCAUGCUUGUUGAAAAGCUUUUGAUAGAAACAUUCUGUCUUUUCAGGGGUCAAAUUGGAUUCAUCCUUGGUAGAUAAAGAAAUUUCUGCUAAAUCUGUUCAGAUACCAUUAGGCAAGGGGAAUCCAACCUUCAGUUCUUUACUAGGAAUUUUCCACAGUACCACCACUGAAAAUAAAUUUU